GAUUCUCGAGUAAGCUACGCUCAAUUCGUACGCAAUCUUCAAACAAAACUGGUCGUUUCUUCCAUAAAAACGUUGCAGGUUUCAACCAUCAGCGAGUGCACGCUAGAGUGUAUAAAUAAUCGCGAAUGUGUGUCGGUUAAUUACGGGUUUCAUAGCAGCAUCAUCACUCAUACUUGUGAGUUGAUAAACACGGACAUGUUUAAAAAUCCAGACAGUCUAACCUAUGGCGGAGAUUUUCAUCAUUAUAAUAUUAAGGUAAGUUGCUUUUGCUCUCUUGUACUUUAAAGCUGAAUGUUUAUACAGUAGUGUUAUGAACAAAACAGUGAUAACUCUUAGAUCUGUUAUCAACGACUUUACGAAGUUUUUCUCCAGUCAACUUGGUUUGCGCGUCUGUAAAAUUUCAUGCCUAGUAAAUAUUACGUGAUAUUACGAAGAUAAUGAUUUCUACUUUAAGUCCUCUUUGUCAUUCUUAAAGGUGGAGUAAAACAGCUUACGUACCUAAACAUAGGACAAAAUUCCAAAUUAAUCCGAGUAGGAAGUCAACAUAUUUUCCCUUCCUUUUUUCGUCUCUUUAUGCCUUCAUAUUGCUGUAUGCAUGUAUUAUUGUAAAUGUUUUAGUUAAGAAUAAAAACUAAUUUUACCUUUUAAUUUUCAUUCUAUUUUCGAGUUUACAAUAUAAAAUACAGAAAAUUCUUUAUAUGAUCUUGCAAAUAAUUAAGGCCAGAUGUGGUUUUUGACUAAACUGAAAAUGGUAACUAGAGCUGAGCCGACUUUUACUGAAGUUUUCGUAUCUGAGCUGCAAGCACAAAUUGGCUUAUCAAGGAUGAAAAUUCAGUACAAAUAAUUAAAUGAUUAUAACAGAUCUUCAUUCCAAAUAAUGAUUAGUAGUGCUCGAAAAGCGUCUUUUCAUGAUUAGCCUUUCAUUGCACAUGCGCAACAAUUCAAUCAAGUAAUUAACUUUGACGAAUGUGCGAUAUCGUUAAUCAGCCUUUCUCUGUAAAGCACUUCAAAAACCAGUGUAAACGCGAUCAUCGCUACACAAAAACGAAUGAUUUAAGCAAAAAGGGUACUUACCGGCGAUGUCUCCGCUUCAAACAAAAAGCCUCUGGUUCAAAUUUUAGUUGUCUAUUUUUUGGCUAUGUAUUAGUUAAUUUUUCGAGAAGCGAACAUAAUCAUUUUCUACUAGGACUACGGCCGGGCGGGUGCGAAAAUUUUAUCCUGAGAAGCAGAAUUUAGCGAGAGAUACAUAAUGGCAGAAAAUUCGAUAUUCAACAAUGUGAAACUAAACAAAUCAAUUGGCGAUCACGGUGAUUUUUAGUUUUCAGCUGUUUGCAGAUGUGUUUGUCAUCACUGACGUAAUAAUAUUUCCUAUAGACGCCGUGCAUGUCUAGCCCUUGCAGAAACGGUGGAACUUGUCACCCUAUCUACGAAACAGAGGAUUACAACUGCGUUUGCCCGUUCGAAAAUCUUGUUGGAAAAAACUGCGAAAACUGUAAGUAUUACUGACUCAGUAACGCAAACCUCGCUGCAAAAAAGGUCAUCCCCGCCACUUUCAAACCCGCCUCGCGCGAGACCCUGGCAGUAGUUGUUUCGGCGUGGAACCCUUGAAUAAUUAUUUAUCCAUGAUUGAUAUUUAAGGAUUAUAUGGGUUCGAUUCAGUUUAGCAAUGAAUUAUUAUCAGUAUCACGAGUCAUUCAAGUCAUCACUAAAAAGGUUAACGUGUUAUUGAUUUUAUUCACAAGUGGAAUGCAACUCCACUAACCUGAAUAUAUGCAAGAAGGCGAUGUUUUCGUGGACAGUAGACAUGACUUCCUAUGGCCCCAAAAAUGCAGUACUGUCAAACUGCGAUGCAAGCAUGAUUAAACCAGGAUAUGAAAUGUUGUUCAUUGUUACCAGAGGAAGUCUUGACGAUUUUGGAAAAUACGAGAUAACGAGAGUCACAGAGAUGAAUGGGUAGGUAUAUUAGAGAAUUCCGGGCUACCCUUGAGCGUAUAGGAUAAGUCGCCACGGAGCAUUAUUAUAUUGUGCACCUUGUUUUCGGGACAAAGAUUUUCACAAAUACUCUCCAUGUAAUCCACACAAUAAUAGGCGAGUUUCUGCGUCGCAGAGACCAGUGUUAAGCCAAUUUCGGAAAAAAAAAAACUGGUGCAUUCCAAGUGCAGUUCAUGCUGAGAACAAAAGCCCUAAGGAUAGCCACGCUUACAUGAUCCAUUCUUUAAAACCUGGUCUCACGAAAGUAUUAGACUCCGUUUACACGGAUCUGGACAAAUUUUGGAACGGGCAAAAACUUGCACGGAUCCGCCUUUCGUCUAUACGGGACCCGCCAUUAACUCUGCAUUCCGAAGUUUUUGAACGGCAAAGUAAAUUGCGGGAAUUUUUGACGUGAUCAGUAGCCUGCGAAAACAUCCGUUUCUCCUCGCUCUUCGCCAUUGGGGACGUUUCGCGCGUUUCGCGUCUCGCGUCUCGCGUCUCGCGAAACGUCCCCGGCGGCGAAGAGCGAGGAGAAACGGAUGUUUUUUUUCUACGUGAUCAGAAGUAGAUCAAAAUUUUUGAAAAUUUGUCCGGACCGUGUAUGUAAACGGAUAUUUUAGUGGCUUGCACACAAUUAGCAGCGGCUUUCUUGGGAGAACAAUACGACGACAGUUUCACUGUUUUUGGUACACUUCGUCACAUAUCUGCACGCCGUGUGAAAAAACGCCUUUCGGUGAUAGUAGUAACUACGUACCGUUUUGAUGUGCUGUCCUCUUCAUCCAAAACUGACCUCUUCUAACUGGAACUGCGCAUAUAAAUUGUUGCUGAAGAAACAUUUGUGUGUAUAAAGAAUGGCAAACACAGAAAUGAUCCAGAGAAAUUAUAUUCAGCAGCUUUAAUGAUGAUGAUGAAAAUAUUGGAACCCAUCGGACUAAAGCUGGCUUGCACUACAUAAUAACGAGAGCUUAAUUAUAAAUUGCUAGGAAGUACAGAAUUUUGAUCUUCAAUACUAUCAUAAUGAGCAUCAUUUAGCCUCCCGAAAGCUAAUCCCCCCGGAAUAAAACAUGAGCAACAGCAACAACCGCCAAAUGGCCAAGGCCCUAACUUGUCUCCAGUCUUCUCUCACCUCUCCGUAGUGGCGCGCAGAAUUGGAUGGGAAGGCAAAAAGCCAAGGAAUCUUCUUUUCCUCUCUCUCCGUAUCACUCACUUCUGAUCACUUCUCCCGCCGUCGUGCGCGUCACUCGUCGACAUCUGGGGAUGAAUCACUUCCUCUAUAGCUUAUACAUUUCCAUUAUAUUCUAGUUGCAAUGUUACUGUGGAAUCUCCCUUCACCCAACAAGUGCGCGAGAACGUACAUAUUGUGGCUCAAGUGUUUCCGAAUUACGACACAGUUGCUCUCACCAACAACUGCAAGUUACGGUGUACAAAACAAGAGAAUGGCCUUUAUGGCAUUUUGGCACUUAGAGCCAAAACGAUGAUUAUUGACAGCAGUUCGUUGAUAUCGACAAAUGGGAAAGGUAUUUUCCUUAACGAUUAAUGAUACUCAGCAGCAGGAGCAUCAAAGGAAUAUAAGCAAUUUUCAUGAGUUAGAAUGGAUUUGGAUUUUCUCUGCUCAGUUCAUGAUUACAUCUAUCAAGUAGAAGGUAUUGGCAUUUUCAUUAACUUAAGCAUCAGACUUUAGGGCGGAAAGGGGAGAAAUCCCGAAGGAUGGCUAGGUUACCACGAGCCGAUAACCUGGAGCCUCCAUGAGUACUAUAACCGUGAAUCAACUCUUUCUUUUUCGAUUAAUUUUUAGAACUAUUAACAAUGCCCCACCAGAUCUUCUCCAGGGACAUCCGCACAGAACCACAAACAGUGUGUCAUUAUUCAGUGAGAACUGGGAAGCUAGCUUGUGCAUAAAAUAGGGAGGAAUAGCAAACAUAGUUUUAAUAAUGAUAAUAAAAAAACUCUAUUGUGCUAAGGUUUUCAUGGCGGACAAGGUGGCGAUUAUCGUGGCGGAGGUGGAUAUGGAGGCGAAUCAUUCUUACAUCUUGACACAGGAAUCAAUGGAAAAGGAGGAGAUAUACCCGGGCAGGCCUGGACACUGAACACGGAUGGAAAUGGAGGAGGUGGGACAGUUGGGGGAAUCAACGGUAGGUAGUGUUCAAAUUAAAUUUGGUCCUUUUCUGCCUUCUUUCUCGCUGACUUUAAUCCCAUUUUCAUAAGAAGCUGCCGCUAACCAAUUUUGUAUAUUGCCAAGAUGCCGGCAAUAUACAAUCUCUGCUGUAAGUUACUCUGACGUCAAUGAUUGUAUAUUGCUAAUAUGCAACAGCUUUUUUGGCAUGAGUACAGGAUCUACUCAGGAAAAGGGCGAAAGAGUUCAUGGUUGGGUAAAGACGAAAUAGCCGAAUUACUGAUCUUGGCUAAAAAUGAACAGAACAAAACUGAACAAAUGCAAAAAAUGUUGCUCGAUGAAUGUCAUCUACUUUUUUAAGGGUAUCUGCAAGGAAAAAAGUAUGCUGUAAUAUCCUAAAAGUUUGCUGAGAAAAAGACAAUUGUUUUGAAGAGGGUAUUCAACAAGAUAAGGAUCGUGCGAAAUUCGAAAUAUUUGAAUGAAAAAUAAAACGAUUAUUGGAAUUCCGUAUUCGUAUGAUAAGAAGAAUGAGGAAGACGUUAUCCACUGAGGGGUCAUUCAAUAGUUGUAAAUUACCGGUUAAAGAUUAGCUGUUACUGAUAUCCAUUAAUUACCGGCCACAGAUAUCAAGUGUUGAGCUCAACAAGAUGAUUCAAAUCGUAUAUGAUGCUGCUGGAAACUUGUGACAAAAUUCAAUGUGGACGCCGUCAGCCCCACCAUCUUGCUAAAAAUACGGAUUUAAAAUGGGGUAGCAACUAAUAAUUUUUCGUGAUGAAGUUGAAAUAUGUUACAAUUAAGUAAUUCUCUUGCUUAACGUUUUUUGUAAAGAAAAUUAUUCGUAUGAAGUUUCUUGGGCUGAAUUUAUGCAGGAAGUAGAGUAGAUCACAGGGGUGGAUCUAUAGGGGGAGGGUGUAGGGGGUCUGCACCCUCUCCUGAGAUGACCUACGGCUUUCUAAUACAACUGGUAUUCUGCAAAAAAAAAACAAACUUGGUGGUUUAUUGGUGUUGAAGAAAAACAUGAGACGAGGCACUGACGUCUGCUGUACAUCAAAAGUACAGUUUGAGUAUCUGAUUACAAAAAAGCAGCAGGCCUUAACGUUUUUUGCUAUACUGUUUUUCCAGCCCAUGGAGGUCCUGGUGGAUAUAAUGCCGGAGGGGGGGGGAGUGAUGCUACUGAUGGUUAUAAUGAUGACGGUUCUGGUGGAGGGGGUGGUGGUGGACAUUUUUCUGGUGGUGGGAGAGGUGGUGCUGCAAAUUCUUGUGGCUCAUGUUGUGACGGCGGUAUUGGAGGAACUGCAUCAACUAGUGUAAGU